AUGUCUCGAAAAACAAACCGACGAGAACUGACGGAAUUCGACAAGGGACGAAUAGUGGGGCUGGCGGACUGUGGAAAAAACCUGGCGGAAAUCUCCAAGCAGCUGGACAUUCCGCGAUCCACAGUACGAGACUUCAUCAAGCGGUCCAAGGAACGAGGCCAUUAUGAAAACGUACCACGCCCAGGACGUCCGCGGAAAACCACGGAGGAGAUCGACAAGCUGAUAGUGGAGGUCACAGACGACCGCAGCGACUCGCUGGAAGAUAUUCAGAAACAGAUUGUGCCCGAACUCAGUGUGCGGACUAUCAAGAGGAGGAUCAGAGAGGCUGCCGACAGACCGGAAGUGCUCAGCCCAGUGUCAGCCUCCGCCCCAGGAUCCUCCACCCUGCAACACACAACGCUGCAUCGUAACUCGGUGUCGAAACCCGGACUUAAAAAACCGUCGCUCAGUGGAACCAACCUCAGCGGAUCUGCCCUGGAAGCUUACGGAGUCAAGCAGGAGUAUCAGCCUCAGAUGAACCAUGUGUAA